AUGCAAAGCCUGGAUGCAGAAGUUGGGAAACUGAAGGAUCAUACUAACUACACGCGGUGGCAUAGCCGUCUGCGCCGUGCUCUCAAACGACAAGACCACCGCUUCUGGCCUACUCUGAUGGGCACAAACCAGCCACCAGUUCUGCACAAACUCACGGUCCCUGAUGACAAUGUAGUACGCGAAGUUCUCGCCGACGAGUACGGCAUCCCCCUUGAAUCGAUAUCUGCGAAUCAUAUAGCGGAUCACAUCAACAAAUCCGUCCACCAGCCCAAUGCCUCCCUCAAUGCUUGGCAAGCCCUCGAUCAAAAACUGCUACCUCUUUUCUUGGUCACCAUCGGAUCGCAUCUCCAUUUUCAUGUCAGAUUGGCCAGGACGGGCUCCCAGGCUUACCGCAUUAUCGAGGGUAUGUUUAGCGGACUCGCUAAGCAGCAUGUGUGGGCCAACUGGAUCAACUGCAGUUUCAGCGCUUACAAGACGGCCCAGGACUUUGUCAAUCGUUGGCGUCGAGCUUUGGAUGAAGUUCUUUAUCUUCUUGAGAAUGAAGCGCCCACCGUCGCUUGCCAAUUCUGUCAGUUCAUGACUGCUAUAGACGGCCAUCCCGGCACCAAGUCCUGGGCGCAGCAGGCUUCAUUCGACAUGAGCCACUCGUCUUUGAUGGACAAGGUGUAUCAUUCAUUUCUGUCUCGUCUAUCGAAAUCUGGAAAAGCGACGAAUGAGCUGAGAGUGCAUUGGAACAUGUGA